UUUACACGUUGCAAUAAAACACUGAUAUAUGUAGACGUGAAAUUGAGAACAGGAAAAAACAAACAAAUGUUGCAGGCAAAUGUGAAGACAGCUUAGCUAGUUAUCGUAUCAAAGAGAAAGGCCCAUGUUUGUAAAGAAACAACAAGAGCGUGGUUUUGCUAAUUGACCGUCUUCAAAAGCUACAUUCGGCGCGGGAACGCUACUGCAUGCACAAUUAUUUCUGACAGUCAACACACAUAGUCCAAUCCAGCAGAGAUGACCAAGUGCAAGAAGAAGAAGAGGCAGGAUGACUUCCAGAAGGUCAAGCUGAAGGUGGGGAAGACUAAGCCUAAAGCUGACAACGCCACCAACAUCAACUUCCGUACCAAGGGAAUAAACCUAACUGAACAGCUGAAGAAAGAUGCUAAUGCACUCACCACACACAGGAAGCUCAACAUCAAGGACCUGUUGUCCCAGCUGCAUCACUACAGUGGUACAGUGAAACAGGGAGCUCUUGUGGGACUGAGGGAGCUGCUGACCCUUCACCCCUCAGAGUUAGACCAACACCUCUUCAGUCUGCUCAGCGAGGCUGCUGCUGUCUUCACAGACAAGGACCCAAAUGUGCGGAUGUCUGCCACACGCCUGCUCAGGUUCAUAGCCCAGAGUGUGCCAGCGGAGCGGACGUCUCCAUUCUUCCCUCUCCUCUCUGCCCACCUCUCCUGUGCCAUGACCCACAUCGAGACGGGUAUCCAGGAGGAUGCCCUGAAGGUCCUCGACGUUUUGCUGGACCACUAUCCUGCCCUGCUGGCCGCUCGUCCCGCCCUGCUGCUCACCAACUUCCUGGAGCUGAUCUCGCACAGAAGUACCGGGGGCGGGGCAAGGAAGGGGCAGGAGGGGAAGGGGAGGAGCUGGGCCCUGUCAGUCAACCCUAACAGGAACGUGACUGGUCAGCAGUGGAGACUCACAGUGCUGUUCAGACUGUGGCGUUUUCUUCAGGCGGUAGUUGAGGAGAGGCGAGGGGAGGAGGGGGUUGCAUGUGUCUCAGGUGACAUGUUCAGUGUUUUGAAUGGACAAGGAGGAGCUAACGUACCUUUGGAGCUCAACUGGGAGGAGCUUACCUACAAAAAAGGCGGAUUUCAGGUGUUUGAACAUUCAGGAGCCACGCCCACUCCGCACUCCACCUUCAAACUCAGGCCGGAGACUGAGCCUGGGGUGAGUGAGGGGCUGGGCACAGGGGAGGCUGUACGGGGCUUUGCCUCCACCCUGGUGCCCCUUUUACUAGACGUCUGGGUAGAGGCUAGUGCCAGCGACCGGAGCAAGACUGACAGUGCUCAUCUCCUCACCCCCGACGCCAUGUCAUUGAUGUACCAGGUCCUCUCCAUACUACAGCUGCUACACAAGCUGGCGCCACAGAGAGAACACCAGGAAACACUGGAUGCGUGGUUUCGCAGUGAGUACCUGGGGGAUUUUAAGCAGCACUUCAUGAAGAACUUCCCCUAUGGAAAUCUGGACACUCCUAAACAAAGGCGGAAGACGGACCCCAAGAGGAGUAAGCAGGCCCCUACAAUCCCAGGGCAGACAGUGGAACCCUUGGCUCUGAACGUGCUGCUCUGCCAGGUCAUGGUUUCCAUGGUUACCCUCGGCCAGAGGGAGGGGCCAGCCCAGGAGCCCGAUGCUGAGUGGCUGAUGCCUCUGAGAGGGUUUGUCCAAGAGACUCUGUCCAGUGGGGCCAAGCUGAGCCAGAGACACCUGCAUACACUCCUGGAGACUGUCUGGAGAAUGGUCAUCACACAACGCAGCAGGGCGGUGACGGAGGACCUGUUACAGGCGGUGUAUGUUCAGUACCAGCAGAUGAACCUGAAUCUGCAGACCAGAACACUGCUACUUUCCUUCUACAGCAGACUGUACCUACAGGAACACAACCACACACACAUCGCCAGGAGUAGAGUGUUGUCUCGGUGGCUGGCUGCUCUACCGCUCCAGUUGUCCCAGCUGGGCCACCGUAACCCUGCCCUCUCAGACAGGCUCCUCCUCUCCAUCCAGGCUGCUGCCUCCCGCGGGAACAAGGCCCUGCUGAACUCCCUACACACACAUGCAUGCAGGCUCUACGACCCACAGGAGGGCAGUGUGGUAUUGUUACCGGCUGAGUCUCAGCAGCGAUUGGUCCAGCUACUCUACUUCCUGCCUGUGAUGUCACAGGGUCUGUUGGCCAAUCUGAGUCGCUGCUGCACUGCGGGACGCGUCUCUGCCGGCCUGGCUGCCUCCCUCAUACGCAUCAUACACCUCAGGUCCUCUUUGAGUGGCUGGUCAGUAGGGUCUCAGGACGCGACGCUGCGUGAUGUUGACUACAUCAGCUUCCUGUUCUCCACCCUCACAGGGUUUUCAUCUGAUGAGCUGUCCACCCUGCAGGAGGCUGGGGAUGACAGCGUGCUCCCUCCCUCCCCCCUCUCCCCCCUCAGCCUCUACCCCACCCCCCUGGAGCAGUUCACACACCACUGGGACGUGGUGGAGGAAGUGUGCCACUGCUUGGAGACGCUGGGGUCUCGUUCACAGUGCUUCGACGUGCUGCAGAACGGCAUCUGCAAGAACCUGACUGGUCUGGCUGUGGUACCAGACAGUAUGGCAGCAGGGUUGUUGAGAGCAGUGGCCAGACUGUUGGACCUGUCCUUCCUCCCCAGUGAACCUCUGCUGAGGUUCCUGUCCCGCUGCUGCCUCAGCCUACUGUCUCUGCUACUGACACUACAGCAGGACACCGCCUCAGAGAACAACCACAAGAGGGAGGCAGUGUGGGGCGCGUGUGUGGCAGCGCUGAGCAGCAUUCCCCGGCUGUUGCGGUUGGUUCUGCAGUCUUUGCGAGUUAGGGACCUGUGUGAGGAGGAGCUGCCUCAGCUGGCCCAGAUACUGUCCCUGCUGCUGCAGCACACAGCGCUACGCAACCACAUGCUGGCUAACGCAACUCUACUACAACACAUUAUACAGGACCUCACGAGGUACUGUCGAGGUGAGUCCAAGGAGCAGUGGAUGACUGACCUCCUGUACUGCUACAGCGUAACCAUGGCGACUCACCGGGGAAACCUGGGGCUCCGAGACAUCUACUGACCUAGGCCCCAAACCAACCACAGACCCUUCUGCCCGUCUUACUGUUCUCUGUCCACUGUCUAACCCAUAUGUCAAACUUAUUCCACUGAGGUACGAGUGUCUGCGGGCUUUCGCUCCACCCUUGUACUUGAUGGAUGAAUUAAGUUCACUAACGAGUCAGGAACUCCCCUCACCUGAUUGUCUUAAUUGAAAGGAAAAAAGUAAAACCUGCAGACACUCAGUCGUCCGUGGAAUGAGUUUGACACCCCUGGUCUAACCUCAGACAUCCUGUCUUCCCCAUCGGUCUCUCUGUCCUCCUCAUUCAGCUUUUAUUCCUGGCCCAAAACCAACUGUCUUCAUAUUGCUAAAUAUUGUGGCCACCACUAGUCCUGGAGAGAUAAAAUGAUGUGCAAGCUUUAGUUACAGUGCAGCACUAACAUACUGAUCGCCUGAAUCAGUGCUGGGUUGGAACUAAUGCCUGCACACACUGCAUCUCCAAGACCAGGAUUGAAUUAAAGGAUUUCUCAACUGAUUACUGCUUUUAUUACAAAAAGAGAAAAUAAAGCUUGAGUCAGUGAAACUUA